AUGGAUCUAUUUCUAAAGCUCUGCAGAGCUCUGCAUCAGGCUCAGCGGAAAGCCAAGUCCCUCCCACAUUCGCACUGUCCUGGAGACGGCGGGUCCUCGCGCCAGCGCUGCGCGCCCCGAUGCCAACGGGGAUCCGACCGCGCCCGCUACGCUGGCGCUCCAGCCUCGUUCCGGUCGCCAUCGCGCUCUUCCUUCCCGGCUCCCUUCCUCCCAAGCGAACCUAGCAACCGUGACGCUACACCCGCAGCGGCCCCACGCCCCGCCCAGCAGCGCACAGGAUGGGAGGGGGAGGCCUGGCGGCCGCGGGGCGAGGCGGGGCCUGACGCGAGGAGACCUGGGAGUGGAGGAACCGGCCCCGCGCAAGGAAACCUGGGAGGGGCAGGGCCGGGCGCAGGGAUACCCAGGAGCCGGCGGAGCCGCGCGCAAGGCGACUCGGGAGCCAACAGGGCGGGGCGGCGCGCAAAGAGACGUGGAAGCGCUGGAGCUCAACGGCCGGCGCCGCCGCGCGGGAACGCUGGUGGCCGAGGCCCCGCCCCGGCGGGUUUGAACCGAGCCCCGCCCCACGCUCGGCCAAUCGGCAGGCGCGCGGCUGCGCCGAGGCGGCUCUUUGUGGGUGCCGACCGACUCCACGGC